GGUCCCCCAGUGCCCCUUUUCGCACGGUUUACUCUUCACAGUUUCCCUUCCUUCCUUGUCGAACGAAAACCAAAUUGAGUAGCUCCCCGGCUCCUCCCUCCGGCCCUCCCCCAACAAAAAAGGGUUCUAUCAAAAACCAAAACUAUCCAUAUUUAAUUGUUCAAUAUUCUUUUUCGCUUUGGCUUCGUCCUUUGGUCCUUCUUCUAACAUCUCUGCGGAUUCAGAAUUAGGGUUCAUCUUUUCUCGACCGGAUAAGCUUAGAAUUUAGGUCGUUGUGAAGAUGUUCUCAGCUCAUACUGUAUCGAACUUUAGAUAAAGCAUUUAUACUCCGUCAGGUAUCUAAUUCGUUCCAGUUAAGGAUCUCAGGAUUUUUUAGCGAUGGCUUCUGGCAGUAAUUCAGUUGGGGUUGAUAAUACCUUCCGAAGGAAAUUUAACCGAGAAGAGUACUUGGAACGAGCUCGUGAGCGGGAGGCACAGGAGGAGGAAGGGCGAUUUAAAUCCAAAGCUAAAGCACCUCCAGUGCAAAGGAAACCCUUAAAGCACAGGGACUAUGAAGUAGACCUUGAAUCUCGUCUGGGAAAAACUCAGGUUGUUACUCCAAUAGCACCUCUAAGCCAGCAGGCUGGGUACUAUUGUGCAGUUUGUGAAUGUGUAGUAAAGGAUUCUGCAAACUACUUGGACCAUAUUAAUGGGAAGAAACAUCAAAGAGCUUUGGGUAUGUCUAUGCGGGUGGAACGAGCAUCUCUUAAACAGGUUCAGGAACGAUUUGAAGUUCUUAAAAAGCGAAAAGCUUCAGGCAGCUUCACAGAGCAAGAUCUAGAUGAUCGGAUCUUGAAACAACAACAGGAAGAAGAGGAAAGGAAGCGCCAACGCCGAGAAAGGAAGAAAGAGAAGAAGAAAGAGAAGGCAAUAGAAGAAACUGAGGAAGUAGACACUGAUGUAGCCGCCAUGAUGGGGUUUGGAGGUUUCCGUUCAUCAAAAAAGUAGAAUGGAACUUGAAAUUUGAAAAUGACAUAUUUUCCGGACCAUCUCUCACUCCUGAGGAGGGUAGCUGUGCUGUGCCCCAAGCUCCAUUCCGGAACUUCUGGUAUAUAUCUGGGAUAUCACAUAAUAUCUUGUAAGCAACAGCCAGAUCCAUCAACAAUUAACAUCGACGAAGGUUUAAGAUGUAUAUUUCUUUUAAUAUUGUUGUGUUGCUUAUUGACCAUUAAGCAUUUGAUGGGCUUUGCCUGGUGUUUGAAUGUUUUUCUUUUCGUACGUCUCCCUUUCUGGAGUACUACUUACAUUGUCUUUAUUCUCUUGAAACACGGAAGGCAGUUCUUGCAGGUUUGUAUAUGUGGACCUAUUAGACUCCAAAAUGAACGCUGACAUGGAUAAUGCUGUAGAAGUAAUACUUGCAAAGUGGUUGUUCUUGACAGUUCCA